UAUCUACAUUUUUGACUACUUCUGCUUCACUAUAUUCUUAAAGUCAAUAAUGUACUUUUUACUGCAUACAUUUUCUCUGACACCCAAAAGUAUUCGUUACAUUUUGAAUGCUUGGCAUUUAUCAAGAGAACAUCCCCGCUCAUCCCUAUAUUUGCUAUAGGCUUUUCUAUUGUCUCUUACCUCUCCCUGUGGAACAGCCGUAGCGGGACAGAGGAAUGUGUUCAUUCUAGUCGAACCACGGCAGGAGAGCGCAACGGUUGGAUACAGAUGACUGAUGUUCUCAGAAAAAGAUGUCCUGACGCGGCACUCCAAACAGUAAACGUUACCCUGCUGUAUCCCUCUUCCUCAUCUCAACCUGCUCCUCCUCCUCCUCCUGUACUUCCUGCUCCUCCAGAACCAACUAUUGGUACCGUUGGUUCCUUCCUUGGGUCCCCAACCCUCACUCGGCCGGUUGACAAAUCUCCGCUUUCCCCCUCCUCUCCGCUCCCCCGGUCCUCGUCCCUGAACCUCCUCUCCCCCCCCCGGUCCUCGUCCCUGAACCUCCUCUCCCCCCUCGCCCCAGUCUUCGCCCCACUUGCCCCCGUCCCCGGCAACAUGUCCAUCGCCCUGAAGCAGGUCUUCAACAAGGACAAGACCUUCCGGCCCAAGCGUAAGUUUGAGCCGGGGACGCAGCGUUUCGAGUUGCAUAAGAAGGCCCAGGUGUCGCUGAGCUCCGGGGUUGACCUACGGGCGGCGGUAGCUCUGCCCCACGGGGAGGAUCUGAACGACUGGGUGGCCAUGCACGUAGUGGACUUCUUCAACAGGAUAAACCUCAUCUACGGGACGGUGUGUGAGUUCUGCACGGAGAAGAGUUGUCCGGUCAUGUCCGGAGGUCCUAGGUAUGAGUACCGAUGGCAGGACGAUCACAAGUACAAGAAACCAACGGCUCUACCGGCUCCCAAGUACAUGAACUUGCUGAUGGACUGGAUCGAGGUCCAGAUCAACAAUGAGGAUAUCUUCCCCACCAGCAUGGGUAUCCCCUUCCCCAAGAACUUCACCCAGAUCUGUAAGAAGAUCAUCUGCCGUCUGUUCCGGGUGUUUGUCCACGUCUACAUCCACCAUUUUGACCGUAUGAUCCUGAUGGGAGCUGAGGCCCAUGUUAACACCUGCUAUAAGCACUUCUACUACUUCAGCACAGAGCUCAACCUCAUAGACCGCAAGGAGCUGGAGCCACUGAAAGAUAUGACGUCUGGGAUGUGUCACUGAGGUGUUCUAGCAGAACCACUGGAGCUGCCGAUGGCCUGGCAGGAGGUUACCGUGGAUACGCUGUGGGACGGGUCCAGUGAGCAGCAGAGAUGCCUCUGAAGCUUGGAUGACAUCAUCACCGUGCGUCUGGUAGCCGUUGAAGAACCUGUUAUCUGCAGAUACGCCUGCCUGGCUGGAUGUAGCGAGGACAGACUCUACUAUUUGUACGAUCAACACUGUAGCAGAGACUACUAGACUCUGCUGUAGUUUGCCAUGUUAAAUCAUUCUCUCUAUAACACCAGAUCACAGAGGAGGAGCUGAUUAACUCAUGUUUGCAUGAGUUGAUUAUGUUCAAUAUGAGAGUAUGACUACUAGGACCACUUACUUACUGACUGACUUACUGGCAGGCAGGCUAACUGAUUCACUGGCCAGCUGGCUGGCUGACUGAUUGACUGGCCAGCUGGCUAGCUGACUGUUUCACUGGCCAGCUGGAUGACUGACUGAUUGACUGGCAAGCUGGCUGGCUGACUGUCAAAUCAAAACGUAAGAAUGGAAUCCUAUUCCUUAUAUAGUGCACCACUGUUGACCAGGGCUCUAUGGGACCCUAUGGGGCCCUAUGGGCUAAAGGCAGUGCACUACGGUUGACCAGGACCCUAUGGGACCCUUUGCCCUAUGGGCAAAGGCAGUGCACUACGGUUGACCAGGACCCUAUGGGACCCUUUGGCCUAUGGGCAAAGGCAGUGCACUACGGUUGACCAGGACCCUAUGGGACCCUUUGGCCUAUGGGCAAAGGCAGUGCACUACGGUUGACCAGGACCCUAUGGGACCCUUUGGCCUAUGGGCAAAGGCAGUGCACUAUAUAGUUCAUUUGGAAAGUAUUCAGACCCCUUGACUUUUUCUACAUGUUGUUACGUUACAGCCUUCUUCUAAAACGGAUUACAUACAUCUUUUCCUCAUCAAUCUACAUC